CAGGCGCGUCAGCCGAGCUCGGCGGUGGCGCGGGCGGCUGGGACGCAGCUGCCCCCGCUCGGCGCCCGCUGCACCCCUAGCAGCCACUGCCACCUGGGCCCGGAGCCUCCACGAUCUCGCCCGGCGAUUGUGGGCAGGGGCGCCUCCGGAUCGAUCUUCUGAAAUUUAAGUUUUCAAGAUGAAGUUUUUAUUGACAACUGCCUUUUUAAUUUUAAUUUCCUUGUGGGUGGAAGAAGCCUAUUCUAAGGAAAAGUCUUCAAAGAAAGGGAAGGGGAAAAAGAAGCAGUAUCUAUGCCCAUCUCAGCAGUCAGCAGAGGACCUUGCCCGAGUACCUGCCAACUCCACUAGCAAUAUCUUGAACAGGUUAUUGGUCAGUUAUGAUCCCAGGAUAAGACCAAACUUCAAAGGCAUUCCUGUUGAUGUAGUAGUCAACAUUUUUAUUAACAGUUUUGGAUCCAUUCAAGAAACAACAAUGGACUAUAGAGUUAACAUCUUCCUGAGACAAAAAUGGAAUGACCCCAGGCUGAAGCUCCCCAGUGAUUUUAGGGGUUCAGAUGCACUGACAGUGGAUCCAACAAUGUACAAGUGUUUAUGGAAACCUGAUUUAUUUUUUGCAAAUGAAAAAAGUGCCAAUUUUCAUGAUGUGACCCAGGAAAACAUCCUUCUCUUUAUUUUUCGUGAUGGAGAUGUCCUUGUCAGCAUGAGGUUAUCUAUUACUCUUUCAUGCCCUUUGGACUUGACAUUGUUUCCCAUGGAUACACAACGUUGCAAGAUGCAACUGGAGAGCUUUGGUUACACAACUGAUGAUUUACGAUUUAUCUGGCAGUCAGGAGAUCCUGUGCAAUUAGAAAAAAUUGCCUUGCCUCAAUUUGAUAUCAAAAAGGAAGAUAUUGAAUAUGGUAACUGUACAAAAUACUAUAAAGGCACUGGCUACUACACAUGUGUGGAAGUCAUCUUCACCCUGAGGAGGCAGGUCGGCUUUUACAUGAUGGGGGUCUACGCCCCAACCCUGCUCAUUGUUGUUCUCUCCUGGCUUUCCUUCUGGAUCAACCCGGAUGCGAGUGCUGCCAGAGUGCCCCUGGGACAACCAGUAGUGAAGGAAAAACUGAGAGAUGGAAAAAGUGCAGGAGCAGCGACCUUGAGAAAGGAAGAGGGGAUGAGAUCCAGGAAAUGGAGAUAUUGCCCUUUGCUAAGAGCAAAAUGCAUUUGCCCCAAAGGUAUCUUCUCAGUCCUCAGCUUGGCCUCUGAGUGCACAACCCUUGCCGCUGAGCUUCCCAAAGUUUCCUAUGUGAAGGCUCUUGAUGUUUGGCUUAUUGCUUGCCUUCUCUUUGGGUUUGCUUCCCUGGUGGAGUAUGCAGUUGUCCAGGUGAUGCUGAACAACCCCAAAAGGGUUGAAGCUGAAAAAGCCAGAAUUGCUAAGGCUGAGCAAGCAGAUGGAAAAGGUGGAAAUGCGGCUAAAAAGAAUACUGUGAAUGGAACAGGGACUCCUGUUCAUAUUAGCACUUUGCAGGUUGGUGAGACCAGAUGCAAAAAAGUUUGUACUUCUAAGUCUGAUCUGAGAUCUAAUGACUUCAGCAUUGUUGGAAGCUUACCAAGAGAUUUUGAAUUAUCCAAUUAUGACUGCUAUGGAAAACCCAUUGAAGUUAACAACGGACUUGGGAAAUCUCAGGCUAAGAACAACAAGAAGCCUCCCCCUGCGAAACCUGUUAUUCCAACAGCAGCAAAGCGAAUUGAUCUUUAUGCAAGAGCAUUGUUUCCUUUCUGCUUCUUGUUCUUCAAUGUUAUAUAUUGGUCUAUAUAUUUAUGAUAAAUCUUUUCCAUUUGUACAAAAUAAAAUUCCAUUUCAUUGUGACCUACUCCUUUCAUAAAUGCCAAUCUGUGAGAACUUUUGAAUUUUCAUAGCAACAUUGCAUUUUGGAUGCCAUUUGAUUGUAAUAAAACUGUGGCACCUUAAUUUUGAAUGGCAGCAUGAUCAUGUAAUAUCUGUGCUCUAAUAACGAUGUAUAUAUGUAUAGUGAACAUAUUGCUUAGUAACAAAUGAAGGACAAGCAUACUACAUAAUAUAAUCCAUACAAUUCUCUUCAGUUAGUGUAAACUGCAAAUACUACAGAUAAUUCUGAUAAUAAAAUGAUAUGCACGCUGAAUCCUGCUAUGGUCACCAUUCUAAUGUAUGUAGUAUUUCAAAUUUCCUUCCUUGUAACUUUCAAAGAAAGCCAUCUUAUUCUUGUAAAAUUUUAGAUGGUAUUAUCACAGAUUUAAAAAGGUUGUAUUACAUAUUGUUUAAACUUUGUAAGUAGAAAUAUAUCUGUUAUAAUUAUGCAGGCUCUGUGGAGAAAUAAAGUUCAAAAAAUAUUAAUUUGUAAAAUCAGCUCGUUUUAAAGUGUGCUUGUGUUGUCAAAAAUAUCAGAUAGUAAUACACAGUAAGCAUUUUUAAACAAAGGGAAACCUAUAUUUAUGUAACUGUAUACUGAAUUCUGACAAAAUAAAAAAAGAUACCUUAUUGACGAAAUAUUUAGGAUAAACAAAAUUCUAUUUAAUCCACCUUAAAACCUAAAUGUAUUUUCAUGGAUUUCAUUUGUUGGUACAUAUUACACAAAACAUUGUGCCUUAAAAUGAGUCAUACAUCUUUUAAAUUGGAAUGCAGUAAUAGAUACGUGAUUUUACAUCAUUUUUAAGAAACCAAGGGGAAGUAAUAAGUUGAAAAAGAAAUCCAUAACUAUUAAAAGAUUUUAACUUUUUUAUUUUAUUAAAAUGCUUGCAUAUUUUAAGUAAAAUUAAAAAUGUUUUCUGAAUUUAUUUUUUUAUUUGAAUAUUUUGGGAUUAGUUACAAAAUAUUUAGAGAUUAAGUAAAUAAUAGCUUUGUUUGUGUUAGACUUCACUUCUACUUGUAUUUUCUUUCUUGUUAAAAGUCUAGACAAUUGAGAUUUACUUACUUUGAACUUGUUCCAAUCGAAAAGUAAGCACUAAGUCUCAUUUUAUGAGACCACCAUUUCUUAAUAUCACAUCCAGUGCACCUUUGUCUUUCUGCCAUAUCUGAAAUAAAACUAUCAGUAAUUCACAUAGAUAAACAUAAGACUAAAGAAGUAUAUUUACAUUAUCUGGAGAGUUUUGUUGCAGCUAAGAGUUUGUAUGGCAAAUUCAAUAAUAAAGUAUUGUUUAUGCAAAUUGC